ACAUACACUGAAAUCUGCACAUUUGAAAAUCAUCUAAAUAUACAAAUCGUAGUAAUAAGCAGUGAAAAUUUAAAUAAAGUCUCGUAUAAAGGAAGAUAUCGAACUCGUCGCAUUAAUUUGUGGCAACACAAUGGCCAUUUUGAUGUCAUUACAAAUUUACACGGUUUUUAUGGUUCGAAAAACUAUUGCGAAAAUUGUGAAAAGCCAUAUGACCGUCCAGAAGAUCACAGGUGUGACAAUAUGUGCCAUGUCUGCCUAAGAUUUCAAUGCGUUCCAGCAUUGCCUAAAAGAUGUAAAGAUUGUGAUCGCCUCUGUCAAUCUGAGGACUGCUUUGCAGCGCAUAAAGCCGUCACAGGUAGACAAGAGCAUUCAGUAUGCGAUAGGAUGUAUCAGUGCAGACAAUGCUCAAAAGUUAUCAUGCGACGGCAGUGUCCUAAAAUUUUACAUCGUUGCGGGACUAUCAAAUGCCCUUCGUGUAAAGAGUAUGUUAUAGCGUCAGAACAUCAUUGUUUCUUACAACUCAUUUCUGCGAAAAGUCCAUCCGAUAAAUUAAUUUUCUUUGAUUUCGAAACUGACCAAUCAUCAGGGGAACACAUCGUAAACUUUGCUGUAGCGCAGUACAAAGAUGGCCAAGAGAAAAUAUUUAAAGGAUACGAAGCAUGUCAUGAAUUCUGCUCUUGGCUGUUUACAACAGUGCACAAAAAUUACACUGUUAUUGCACACAAUAUGAAGGGAUUUGACGGUCAGUUUAUAAUGGCAUGGCUUUUAGAACAGGGUACGGCACCUGAAGUAAUCCCUAAUGGCUCUAAAGUGAUGGUAAUCACCCAUACCGCCCUCAACAUAAAACUUAUUGAUUCUUUUAAUUUCCUGCCGAUGGCUCUCUCAAAGCUGCCUGCUUGUUUCGGCCUUACAGAACUAAAAAAAGGAUAUUUUCCGCACCUUUUCAACAAGAAAGAAAAUCAAAAUUAUGUGGGAUUUUUACCUGAGCCUAAGUACUACAAUCCUGAUUGUAUGACUAGUGCGGUGCGAACCUCCUUUUUGGAAUGGCAUAAAGAACACGAGAAGGAUAUAUUUGAUUUCCAAGAAGAAAUUCUCACGUAUUGCCGAUCAGAUGUUGAUAUCCUUCGUAGAUGUUGCGUUGAAUUUAGAAAUCAGUUUUUAGAAAUUACAGGAGUAGACCCCUUUUGUUACAUAACCAUUGCAUCAGCGUGUAUGGCGGUUUACAGAUCCCGACACAUAAUACCUAAUACCAUCGCAAUGAUACCUGUAGGAGGUUAUAUCAAUCGCACGAAUCAUAGUCCUGACUGUAUUCGUUGGCUUGAUUUUAUUGCCCAAAAAGAGAGCAUUGAAAUCGAACACGCUUUGAACGGAAAAGGAGAAAGACGAUUGGAUGGUAUAUCUGUAGACGGAUAUUGCAAAGAAACAAAUACUGUUUAUCAAUACUACGGAUGUUUCUUUCACGGUUGCUCCACCUGUUUUGACGGAGAUGCACUCCACCCCAUAACAAAAUUACCCAUGUCGACAUUGCGACAACAAACGGUAGACAAGACUUACCAGCUACGUGAUCGAGGGUAUAAUGUAAUUGAAAUGUGGGAGCAUGAGUUUGAGAUGAAAAAGAAAACAGAUGAAAAAGUAAAAUAUUUUCUUCUAAGUCACGAGCUUCAGGAUCGAUUGAAUCCUAAAGAUGCUUUCUUCGGCGGGCGGACAAAUGCCAUUCAGCUGUAUUAUGAGGGUGUGAUGCAAAGUCAAUAA